GUGUGCUUUACUGCUCUCACAUGCUUACAGAGAACGCACUGUGUGCGAUAAAAAGGAAAAAAACGCGUGACGUCACGGCCUUUAAAAUUUUCAUGACAAUAAAAAAAAGUAGUUUCCAGCUCUCCUUUUUUCUUCUUUACCAGCAUCUACAUUCCAAAAUGUCAGAAACCGAUAAGCCCUUGUCUUAUGCCCUGUGUGCACUGCUGAUGUAUCCAAUCGCUUUAGCGUAUAUCGCCUGUCGUUGGCUAAUUGCCGCGACAUUUCCCUUUUUUUCUUUCCUGCUGCUGCCGUCGUUGUCUGCGUCGUCCGGUUUCCUGUCGUUGUUGCUGCCCGCGACAUUCCAUUUGUUUCUGCCUUUGGGCGAAUACCGUUGCCGUGAGACGCGUCCCGCCAUGGGCCUGAAUGAGGCCGGCGCUCGAGAGCUUGCUGUAGUGGCGGCUCCUGCAGUGGUUGUUCCUGCUCCCGUGCACGUUGUGCAGCUGGAUGAGUUGAGUGUGCAGUCAAUGGCUCUUCGUAAGAAUGAUGCCCAGCCUUCGGGUGCUGACGCCAGCCUUCCAGUCUCGCCUUCGUUGCCACCUGCGGUCGAUAUCCUCCCUGCUGUGCCUAACGGCAUCGACGUCCCCUCAUUUGCAGUUGUCGAUGAGGCUCCCAUUGACCAAGUUGUGCGUAAUCCGUCCCCAGUGACGUUGCCUUCUUCCGCGUCCUUGGACCAGCUCCCAUCGCAGCUGCCAGUAGCAGGUGAUUUUGCUGCUGAGGAUCAUGGUGUGGUUGUCUCGCUUGACGAAGAGGCCUCUGUGCCUGUUGUUUCUGUGCGCUCCGUUCGCCGCCAGCCCCGUCACCGCCAUCAUCAACACCUCCGUCGCCAACACCCGGUUUCUUCUUCGUUCCGCGCUCCUCACCACCACCACCACCAUUACCACCGGGAUCAUCAAAUCCGCCACCACCGUCACCAUUACUUGCCGCUCGUUGCCCCGUCCGUUCCUUCUGCUCCUGUUCCUUUUGCUGCAGUGAUGGCAGCACACUUGGGUGUCACGUUGGACGAGUAUGAGGAGUUGCAGCGUCUCCUCGAGACUGGCGACGAUGAGGCGCUCUUCGCUGGUCUGCUGCAGGCUGCUCGUGGAGACAUCGACCGAGUCUCCGAGAUGGAGCAGGUCUUGUCGGCAUAUGGCCUUCUUUAG